AUUCGACCAAUGCUCACAAAGUGAAACAAGGAAAAUAAGCAUCAAACGCGUCACUAAAACGAAUGACAAUCAUUGAUUUAAUAUUUAAAUUCAUUGUUUAAAUAUAUUUUUAUAAAAGGUUUAUAAGAUGUCACUCUACGCAAGUGAAAAAGGUUAUGAUUUAUUUGAAGAUGAAGGAGACGAAAGUUUUUCAGAUGAAGAUGGAACGAGGUUAGUAUCAUCCUAUUAAUAUUAUUAACUAUAUAUUACUAUUACUAUUGCAAUUGUCUGACAACUGACAAGUAUUGAAUUGAAGAAUUCACUGUAACUUAGUCUCACAAAUCACAAUGAUUGAAUGUCUCAUCAUUUCAGGUCUAUCACUAGUUGAUUCACUAGACUAGAAGAGUGUGUCUUGAAAAGAGUAGAGUAUAUAUUAUAUAGUAUAUGAGUAUAUGUAGUCAUGUAGUGUAUCUCACUCUCACUGAGAUUCUCAGAGUCAGAGUUAUUAAUUAGAAUCAGAGUAUCUGAUUCUCAGACUGACUACUCAUUUAGUGCUUACUGAAAAUUAAUGAUUUUUAAUUUUUAGUAGUAUUAUAUUAAUUAUAUUUUAAAUAAAUAUCCUGAUAUAGUAUGCUUAUGCCUAUGGUAUCACUAUCUAUCAAUACUAUCAUUAUCAUAUCUCAUUUCAGCUCUUAUUUAACUCAGUCUGAAUAUGAGUCUCUGAAUCAAAGCCUUCUAAACCUAGUCUUACAGUAGACUACUUACUUAUCUUUCUAAGACUUUCUACUCUCUCUCUCUCAUUUGUUAUUCUUAUUGCUUGCAGGAGAACCUUGACUGCUGAUUCACUUUGGCUUUUGUAAUAUGCUCUUUUUGAUGCAGGGGCUUUGUUUUGCCCAUCCUAUGUCUGUUGGAUUCCCACAUUCAGAGCAUUAAUACCCUACUAUUCACCAAGUUCAAUGUUGGCUUCCCCUUUUUUUCUUUUUACACAUGUCCUUACAACGCAUUUGCUGCCAUCCAGUGUGUAGGUUUUCUUUAGACUGAUGUGCAAUUUGGGAACAGCAGUUCAUGAAUUGGCUUGAAAUUUUACCUUGGUCUUUGCAUUAAGUGUGGGCAAUAUAGAACAGCCUGCCAUCAGACCUGAUAUGGAUAAAUACUCUGUCUUAAAAUUCCCUUAAAAAUUGAUACUGAAGGAGCAUGGAGAAGAGGUUGGUGUAAGAACACAGCAUUGUUUCAAUCCGUUACUGACUGGGAAACCCACAAAGACUGCACCGUUGAAGAUAACAGUGUUGUGCACAAGUAGAAUUUUUUACAUUAUAUUCCCUAUAGUAAAUAAGUUGGAUAAUAGGCAGCAACCAUAGUUGGGCCAAAUAAUGUAUAGGUAUUCAAAUUACUGCAUUGUUAAUGAGAUUUAUAAUUCUCUCAUACUGCUGCCUUCUACUAACUAUAAAUAGUAAUUCUCAUCCACUUCAUUUAAGUAUGUCAUAUUUUGUAAUGACACAGUCAUGUGUUGUUGCAAGUCUACAAUUGAUAAUUCACUCUCAGUUAGAGAUCUGUCAUAAGUAGUAGCUUGGUAAAUAGUAGCGUUUAUAGAAUAUCAUGGUACCUGGGGACAGUAGUGUCUUGUGUUCAUAGGAAUGAGAUGAUUGUCCUGGUUAUACAGUGAGGUAAAAAAUGUGGAUUUUCUUUCCAUGUGUGCCACUUUGUAGCCCAGCCUACUACUAUGAGUUACAUUAAAGCAAGGAUUGAGUCCAUUGUAACAAUGAUUUGUUUGGUCAUGUCUUUCUUCUAUUUUCUUUAUGUAUCUAGUUAAUUUCUUUGUAAAGAAUAAUUAAAAGAAAUGAAAGUGUGGGUAGGUGAGAGGAUGUACCAUGGAUUAUUCAUAAAUUUUCUGGUGUUUUUUAACAAAUAUUCAGUCUCUAUAUAAAUACAAAAAAAUAAUUCUCUGCUUUAUCAAUUUGCUCUAAUUUAAGUUGUUUUUUAAUAAUAUAGCUCUGAAGAUGAAAUCAACAUUAUUCUCCAUGGCACCCCUGAGCAAAAGCGGAAACUUCAACAUUUCCACAAGAAACAACAGCAAAGUAGAGGCAAUACAAGUGGGAAACAUGAAUCUAAGUCCUCUAGUGAAGAUGAAUUUGAAAGAGAAAUGAAUGCAGAGCUUAAUAAGCAUGUAAAAAUGCUUGAAGACUCAAGAGGUAAUGGCUAAUAAUAUCAGUAUUUUUUUUUAUCUUUCCAGGUCUUGGUGGAGUUUUAAAGAAAAGUGGCCGCUCAUUGUGCCAGUUUGUUCUAGAAAUAAAUUAAUAAAAAAAAAAAUCAUUUUUCAUAUUUUCUUUUAGACACUGAUUAUACCAUAUUUUGAUAUAUUUAUACCAGGAAAACAAGAAAUUGAAGACAAAGAUUCUCUUAAGAUCUCAGAAUCUUUUCCAGCAUUACCAUCUAAUAUCCCUGUGUCUAACGCCAUACCUGAAACUGAGUUUUAUGAUGAGAUUUACUUUGACUCUGAGUCUGAUGAAGAAGAUAUCACAGAAACAAAAUUAUCAAGUCAGUAUAUUUAACUUAAUGACCACUAUACCAUAAACUUUAAGUUUGAAUAGUAAUUUAUUAAUGUUAAAACUUAUAACUUUUUUAAUAACACUUAACUGUAUUUUUUUUAUAUGAAAAAUAUUUCCAAAAGCUGUAUACUCAAAACAGGGAUUUUGCACAGAGUAUAUCUUUUAUUUAUUGAAUCAUUUAAUACAAUACUUAUUUUUUUACAGAGAAAAAAAAACGGGCUGUAAUAUCAAAUGAUGAUCUCUUGUAUGACCCAAAUAUGGACGAUGAAGAUCAGAAGUGGGUUGAUAGACAGCGUAAUCAUAGUCAACAAGGUGGUCAACAAGGGAAGAAGUCUAAAGUACCUAACAGUGAUGCCUUGCUUGACUGUCCUGCAUGCAUGACCACUCUGUGUUUAGACUGUCAGAGGUCAGUAACUUUUUCCUGCAAAUUUCUCAAUUGUGUGCAUUACUUUAAUACGCUUUUUCUUAUAAAAUAGGUUAAUUAUUUUUAUUAUGAGUUUGAUUUCAAUUAAUUCACAAUGUUUCCUUUGAUUGAUAAAAGACGUCACAUCCACAUGAUGCCAUAGCUGCGGGUAGAUUUUUUUCCUAUAUAUAUUGUAUUUUCAUAAUAUGGCAAAAAUAAAAAUAGUAAUGAAUUAUCUCCCUUAUGCUGUCUUGUGCUAUUAAGAACCCUUUCUAUUAUGGUAAGCAUUCAUGUUAGGAAAGGAAAGCAAUGGUUUAUCAUCCAAUUUUAUACAUUCUUUUUACACUGAUUACUGAAAUUUUCUGCCGUAUAUAUAUCCAUGAAUUUCCCAUUUUAAGUAUCUUGCUUUUUCAUAGCAAUUAAAUUGAAAGAUUAAAAAGUUUAAGUUUUUUUACAAUGAACUGACAUUUCAAUGAAGAUUCUUGGAGAUAAUGUCUUUAAAUUUACUGUCUUCCUGACAAUGUUGUGUUGAUAAAUGCAUCAUUAUAAAGUUUGAAUAUUUGUUUAUUAAAGAUUUUAGGGUUCAUCUUAGUCUCCCAAAAAAUUGUCAUUAAUAACUUCAUAAAUGAAAUUUCCUUUUUUUUUGGGGGGGGGGGGGGGGUUGUUUUUGUAAUCUAUUUUGCCUGAUUCAUCUGGAAAAAAGUUAUUUACUAGAUGCAACUAGUAGUUAUCUACUAUUUACUAAAUAAAGAAGUGUACAACAUAGCCCUUGUGCCUAUAUAUUUUUUUUCCUUAUAUAAUUGUUCUUGGCUUAUUUACAUCCAUUUUAACCUUACAUAUAUGCACACAUGGUUUGUGUCUUUUAAGCAACCGAAGCUUUUGUCCCAGUCCAACCCCCCUACUAAUAAUCAUUAUAUUAAUAUUCUUUUUGAAGACAUGAGACUUACAAGCACCAAUACAGAGCCAUGUUUGUCAUGAACUGUACUGUUGACCACUCAGAAACACUUGAGUUCCCUGAGCAAGCACAGAAAAAGAAAAAGAAGAAAUCGCUUGAGCCUGGAAAGGCAUUAUCAUCAGGUCAACAUUCUUCCAAAGAUUCAUUCAACCCUGUCAAAUGUAAUGAAUGUAACACCGUUGUUGGUGUCAUCGACAAAGAUGAGGUGUAUCAUUUUUUCAAUGUUCUGGCAAGCCAUGCUUAAAUUUUAAUAAACAAUUAUAUAUUAGGAUUUUUUGUACACAGGAACAUAUUGUGUUAUAUAAACUGAUACAAAAGUCUUGUUAAUAGCUAAAAUUAUUGACAAAAUAAAAUGGAUUAUAAACAGUUUGAAAUAACCAGCCCUUGUAAAUUAUGUCAUUUUGCUAGCUGUAAAUAAUAAGAGUUUAAAAAGAAGUAAAAAUUUAACUUUAAUUGAUAUGAGUACAAUGCUUUAUCUCUUUUUAACGGUUGAAACAAUUUUGAAGCAUCACACCAUUCGUAACAGUACAUGAUAUACUCAAUGAUAUGUUUUGAUUUGAUGGGCAUUUGAUAUGCUGCUGUUGAUUUUAAUAAAUUAAUUUUAUUUAUGUAAAUAUUGAAAAC